AUAUUGUAGGAAAUAAGUGAUAGGUACCGAGAGCUGAGAAAAAAAUCAGAUUUCUCAUACCACCAGCCGCAAAGGAAUGAUUCGUUUAGCUUAUGAUAUGAAAAAAAAGAGUCAAGACCCGAAAAAAGUGAGUAGGAGUAAGGUAUGGAUUGCGGGACAUACUCACGCUGAUGGUAGACCCGUGAAGCCUCAAUAUGCUGAGACUAUUGAACAAAUCCAGUCACUUGAUAGUCAAAUGGACUCUACACCAGCUGCUGAUAACAUAAGGGAGGAUGCUGUCACCAAGAUUUUGGGAAAAGACAAACCUGGACGUGUAAGGGGGUUUGGUAGAGGGAUUACGGCUACUAAACUAGCAUUUCUGCAAUCUAGAGACGCAAAGAUUGCUGAUAUGGCUAGUGAGAUUGAAGAGUUGAAGGGCAUGGUCCGAGAGUUAGCUGGAAAGAAGAAAACUAAUGGUGAGACUGAAACAUCUGAGACAAGUGCUGGAUUCAAAGAAGGAGUUAGAGUACAAAUACUGGAUUGUUUUGAGUCAGAAGAUGUAGUUGUUGGUGAAGGAGAAUUUUGCUCUGAUGAACCGAUGUACAAAAUUGGUCGUGUGGCUAUUGGUCCUAAUGCAGUGGCUGUUAUUGUUAAGUCUGCAUUAAUCUCGGAAGCUUUUCUCCGGAGGCCUACGACAGAUGUAUUAUCUCUUGAGGAUGCAGUGGGAUGCAAAGUAGCUUGGCCAAUAAAUAAAGUGGUUUUGGACAGGAAUCCAGUAGCGUCUCAAGAUGUAUCGAUGGUAAAGUUUUUCAAUCUAGUACUUUUUCGACAUAAGUAUAGGUCUCUCAUCAUUAGCUUGUUACAUUGUAGCAACACAAGGAAGGUGAAACUCGAAGAUGCAAAAUCUAUGACUGGACUUCAGAAGAAGAAGUGGUUAUUGCUGAAGGUCUCCUGUGCUCAUCUAAUUCCAAAGAGAUGGUUAACAAUAUACCUCUGGGUCCAAAUGCGGUGAGCAUUGAAGUGGUGAAGGUGUUUAAAGAUAAUGCUCAUUUGUGGAGGCCAACUGCGGAGAUGUUUUUGAUUGGUGAUGCAAUUAACGAGAAAAUCGCAUGGCCACUCCUCAAGUUUGAAAUCAUGGCUUCGAUCACUACAGCUGCAACACCUGCAAAACCUGCAGCCACGAAAACAGCAUCACCUACCAAACCAGCAAAGAAAAAAGCAAUGAGUCCAGGCAGCACUAGUACCCCCAAAAGUGCAAAGCAGAAGUGUAUUCUCUUCGACUGCAGCAACACCGGACGUAAGGUAGCUGAAGGAAGAGUGGCUUCAACUGAUCCGAAAGAGCUGUGUCACUUUGUGCCCCUGGGUCCAAAUGCAAGCAAGGUGUGGGUUGAAGUGGCUAAGAUUGGUGAUGCAAAGGUGUGGAGGCCAAAUUCAGAGAUUGAAUACAUCUCUGAUGCAAUAGGUUCGGUUGUGGCAUAGCCAAAUGAUAAACUGAAGUUGGUGUGAAAGUCUGAAACAAUGUAGCUCUAGUUGUGUUUUUUUUUUCUCGACGGCUCUAGUUGUAUUUCUAGUUUGAACUUAUGUGAAGUUAUGUGUAAUAUUUAUGUGUGAUAUUAUGUGUAAAUUCACAAACAAAAAACAAAUAUUAUGUGUAAUAUUAAGAUAUAAUCUUGUGUACUA